CUCAACGAACUAUGCGAUGUCAGUUUUCUUAAUACCUCAGGGAGUCAUUCAAGAAAUCCAAAGUCUAAUAUCAGGAUUCUGGAGGGGAAGAAAGAACGAGGAAAGCAGAAUUCAUUGGAUUAGCUGGGAGAAAUUGUGCAGGCCGAAAUCAGAAGGUGGAAUGGGAUUCAGGGAUUUACACGGUUUUAACUGGAGCUAUUGGGAAGACAUGUAUGGAAUCUACACAAAAAUCCUACCUCCCUAGUGGUUAAACUAUUUAAAGCUAGGUACUUCCUCACUGUUCUAUCCUGGAAGCAUCAAUUGGAAAUGAUCCCAGUUAUAUCUGGAGAUUGUUAACGCCAGCACAAGGAAUGAUCAAAAGAGGUGCAAGAUGGAGAAUAGGUGAUGGUAAACAGGCUAAAGAAUGGUGGAAUAAAUGGAUCCCUACAGCCCCAGAUUAUAAGGUGCAAACUCAAGUCAAUGGAUUGAAUUGGAAUGCUAAGGUUGAGUGUUUGAUAGACUCUAACACGAGAGAAUGGCGAUCCAACUUACUAAAAAGUCAUUUCCAGGCCGCUGAUAGACAAAGAAUAUUGCAAAUCCCUAUACCAAAGCAACCUGUGGAAGAUACAUGGAUAUGGGGACCUGACAAACUAGGGAAGUAUACUGUUAAGUCAGCAUACAACCUAUGGAAGCAAAGCCAAGAGGAACUUGAAGGGGAAAGAUAUGUCCCUGUACACUGGAAAAGGCUGUGGCAGCUGAAAAUACCACCCAAACUACGCAUGUUCAUCUGGAGGUGUGGAAGCAACGUACUACCCUACAGGAGCCAACAUUGCCAAAGAAUUACAGAAGCAUAUGAUGGUUGUCCUUUCUGUGGUUUAAUAAAAACCCAAGAACACAUCACUAGGGAUUGUCACUGGGCGGGAAGAGUAUGACGACCUAGUUUCUUGAAACUAAUCUGCAAAUCAUGCGAAGAAUGGUUGUGUAAGGUUCUAGAAAAGGCAACGGAAGAGGAGCUAUGUGGAUUCAUUAAAGCCCCAUGGUAUCUAUGGAAAGAAAGAAACAAUCAUCUUUUCAACAAUCCGAAAUUGGAAGAGUGGGAGAUUAUAGCUAGAUCCGAAAACUAUCUGGCAGAAUACCAAAUGGUGCAGAGAAGGGGGGAACUGAACCUGGAGAUUAAGCCGGGCUAUCGAUGGGAGAAACCAACGACGAACUCGUUCAAAGGGAAUGUCGAUGCAGCAAUUCUCAAGAUGGUGGCACCGGCUUCGGACUGGUGAUUCGAGAUGAAAUUGGUAACUGCCGUUUAGCAGCAGUUCAUCGGACGCGCACAGAGUGGCCACCGAAGCUAGCUGAAGCAAAGGCGCUGCUUUGGGAAUCCCGAAUCUCCAUAGCUCACCAAUUUAGCCCGAUCUUGAUGGAAUUAGAUUGUAAACCUUUGAUUGGCAAACUAUACUGGGAAGAGCGAUCAGAGACGGAAAUUGAAACGAUCUGCGGUGAAAUCCGUGAUCCGAGAAGGGACGAGGAGCAUCUGAACUGGAGGUUCUGGGCGAGAAAUGGAAAUGGGGCUACCCACCUUAUGGCCCGGAUCGAUUGUCGAUGGUAAGAGUCUGAAUUGUGGUUAGACCGACCUCCGAUUUUUCUUUUGGACCAACUCAAAAGGGAUUGUAACGACAUUUUCCUCAUUUAAAUAAAGUUACAGGUCCUUUAUAAAAGAAAAUAUUAUUUUGCCCGAUUAACUGGGUUCCAUCUUUGCCACACCUCUAUAUGAAAAUUUGAUUGGAUUGAAUCCAAUUUUAACAUAAACCUAAGAAAAAAAAUUUGGUUCUCGAUUUUAACUCAUAAAUCAGAAUCACUCAGUUCUACUCCAAAUGCUACCCUUUCAAUCAAAUUAAAAAUAAAAAUCUAAUUGUUCAUCAGGGUUGGCUGGUCCUCCGGCACAGAGCCUGCAAAUUAUUGGAGAAUCCGAAUCUUCAUCGUGUAUAUGACUAAUUACUAUUACGGAUUAUUGUGUUUCGAUUAUAAAUUUAAAAUGAUAGAAAAUUAGAAAUUGGAUUUUGAUUAUGGGUCAAAAACAAUAAUUUUAAAUAUUUUAAAUCCGAAGGCUAAAGGAACUAGGGGUGGGCAACGGGAAACGGGUAUUUGGAUAUACCCGUACCCGUCCCCUUUUUUGAGAGUUAUGGGUACCCAAAUACCCGUAAUUUUUUUACGGGAUGGGACUUGGGAUGAAGAUUCGCUACUUUGGAUACCCGCGGGUUACCCGUUCAUACUCGUUUGAGUAUUUUGGGUACCCGUUAUACCCAUUAGUCUAAAAAUUCAAAACCCAUUUACUCUUAUAGCUUGGAGUUUUUUACCGCCAAAUUGAUCCUGUCACAGCACACUCUAAGCACUAUACCGAACUCCAUCUCCAGAUAAUUAAGCUUCAGUGUGAUAGUCUUGAUGAAUGUUUAGCUUGGUGGAAUUCUUGAUUUGAGGUUACUGGCCAAGCAGUUGUAAAACAGGAAGGUAGGAGUUUUUUCAAUCUAAUGAAUCAAGGAUUUGAGCUUCUGUGGAGGAGACUUGGAGGAUGAUGAUUUGUUGGAUAAAACUUCCUAUUUGGAUAGGUUUUGGUAGAAGAGCAUCCGAGUUUAAUCCAAUCAUGCUUGAUUGUAGUUUUAAUUAUGCUCGGCCAAUUGGACGGGUAUUUAUGGGUAGUAUGGGUACCCGUUAUCCGUCCAGUACGGGUAAUGGGUACCCGUUAACCCGUAAGAGUUUGGGAUAUGGGAUGGAGAUUGAUCUUCAAAUAGGACUGGGUACCCGUUUAAAACGGGACGGGUAUCCCGUCCCGUCCCGUUGCUCACCCCUAAAAGGAACUAAUGAAUCACGUUAGGGGAAUACUUGUUUUCUUGUUAGACUUUUUUCAAACCAUAAAACAUAAAAGAACUAAUGGGUACGACACAAUCGACGCAUAAGGUUGAUCUUGGAGAUGGGAUCGAGCACGAACAAGUGACCGUAGUGAUUCGGGAGCGACCGCCGGUGAAAGAGGGCGUCUCUCCCCUUCUCUGACUUGGACCGGUAUUUGGCGGCGGCACUCUUCGAUGGUGACAGAGGCCCGCAAAGAUACAGAUUUCUUCGCCUCUGAACAAGUCACCGUGAUGAUUUUGGAGAUGAGAUCGGCCACGAACAAGUAACCGGAGAAGGAGAUCGAGGAACAGCCUUUUGAUUCAUGUCGUCCGUCUUCAUCCCCUGUUGUUCAGUUUUCUCAAUCUUCCGGAAAACAAACUAAUUACAUUUUACUUACCUAAGUACAAAAAGAAAAACUAAUUACAUUUUACUUAAUAAAAAUAUAACGACAGUUUGGCAAACAAAAAAAAUGAAUCGUUUGGGUUGGACCGAGAAGGAGUCUCUGUCAGUGUGAGACGGACGGGCUGGUUAGUACUCAGUGCCUUCAUGGGCUUUGGUCUCUGGUUAAUUAAAGCCUGUUCAUGCCACAUAAGUUUCACGUGGUCCAAUCAGACGUUGCGGCAUCGGUGCCACACAUUUUACAACGGUAUUGAAGCAUUGAUCAGAUUGCGGAUAUGAAAAUAUAGUUGUAAAACGUCU